UUACAGAAGGGGCAGAGUUUUAUUCAGCCUUCGAAUGUUAUAUUUCUUAUAUAUGUGUUUUGGUGUGAAUUAUGACACAAAUGUUAUCUUAAAAUUAGGUGGCUGAUUGCAGACCAAUAGAAUAUGGCUGGGCAAAUAUCAGAAUCUGACCAGAUCAAACAGUUCAAGGAGUUUCUUGGGACAUACAAUAAACUUACAGAAACCUGUUUCCUGGAUUGUGUGAAAGAUUUCACUAGCAGGGAGGUUAAAUCAGAAGAGAUGACGUGCUCAGAACACUGCUUACAGAAAUAUUUAAAAAUGACGCAGAGGAUAUCCAUGAGAUUUCAGGAGUAUCAUAUUCAGCAGAACGAAGCUCUAGCUGCCAAAGCAGGACUUCUUGGGCAACCUCGUUAAACAAAAGAGAAUUCUAUUCCAACCUUGCUUUAAAGUAAUGCCAAUGUUUGUUGGAUUGCAAGUGGAGGUGUUCUGUUGUGGGUGUGUCCACCAGCUCACAACAGAGUUUCAGAGACCGUUUGGCACAUGGAAACCAUUGGGGAAACAAUUAUGGGCUAUACUAGGAGUUGGUAAUGGCCAGCUGGCGAACAGAGCCUAUUUCUGAGGUCCUUUUUUACUGUGCAAUGGAAUAAUGUUGAUACAACCAUUUCUAGAGGCCUGCAGACUGGUUAUGCUGGUCACUACAUUGGGGGCAGGGGAGGGAGAGGACCAUUUUUUUUGUUUCUUCCACUACGACUAUUAAUUUUAAUGCAAAAAGUGCUGUACAGAAAUAUAUACAAAAAUGUCUUCAAAAUGUUUUUAUUUAAUCAAAGUACAAUAAAUGGGAACUGUUCA